CCCGGACCCCCCCCCCAGCCCCGGGGGGGGCCUCCCGAGCCCGCCGCGGCCCCGCCGGCGGUUCCGGGGCCAUGGACGUCGAGGAUUGCAACGCGCGCUCCUUCCUCAGCGGAAUCUGCUCUUCCUGGAAGGUGAGCGGCGCCCCGCGCCCCGCCGGGAUCCCGCGCUGCUUCCCGGGAAUCCCGAUCCAGGGAUCCGCGGGAUUCCCCCCGCAAGGCCGUGGGGAUUCCCCCCUGGAGCAGGAAUUCCGCUCGGCCGUGGGGGGAGGGGCAGCCCGGAGCCCCCCCAGCCCCCGCUCGUCCCCGCGCUCCCCCGCCAACUCCAUCAAGGUGGAGAUGUCGUCGGACGAGGAGUGUCCGGGCCGGGCGCUGUCGCAGGGGGAGCGGGAGGCGCUGCCCGAGGAUUCGCUGCCGGAGCCUUUCCCGGAGCAAUUCCCGGAGCAAUUCCCGGAGCCCUUCCCGGAGCCGCACUCGCCGGGCGGGAUCCGCCUCCCCAACGGGAAACUCAAGUGCGACGUCUGCGGGAUGGUCUGCAUCGGCCCCAACGUGCUCAUGGUGCACAAGCGCAGCCACACCGGAGAACGACCCUUCCAGUGCCAGCAGUGCGGCGCCUCCUUCACGCAGAAGGGGAACCUGCUGCGCCACAUCAAGCUGCACUCGGGGGAGAAGCCCUUCAAGUGCCCCUUCUGCUCCUACGCCUGCCGGCGCCGCGACGCCCUCAGCGGGCACCUGCGCACCCAUUCCGUCUCCUCACCUGUGGUGGGCAAGCCCUACAAGUGCAGCUCGUGCGGCCGCAGCUACAAGCAGCAGAGCAGCCUGGAGGAGCACCGGGAGCGCUGCCACGGCUUCCUGCACCGGGAGAGCCCCGCGCGGACAGGAGAGGAAAUCCGGGAGCUGGACAUGGUGCCCGAGGCGUUGCUGCACCCUGAGCGCCCCACCUUCAUCGAGCGCCUGGCAGGCAGCUUCACCAAGAGGAAACGCUCCACGCCGCAGAAAUUUGUGGGUAAGGAAAAGAUGGAAAAGGUGGAAAAGAUGGAAAAAUUCCCUCGGCGGGAAGUGAGGGGCGGCCUCAGGGAUGGCCGGGUGUGGGGGGGGGAGCGGCGCGGGAAGGGGAGUCCCCUCACAAAGGCCUCAGAUUAA